UUCCAGUCUCAAUUUCAGCGUUCCGAAAAUUUUUCUCGAGUUGAGAAUGUUGUCUCACAUUCCCACAGAUAGCCAGCCAGGCGACGGAUUGUCAGUAUUUGAGCUGAAAAUAGAGGCGUAGAUAGUAGAAGAAUUUGAUAGAUUUUAUACAUUCAUCAUCUUCAUAUUUACUAAAAUUCUUCAAUAAUCUUGCUCUGUUGAAAAGUCAAGAUAGCAAAAUUUUUGAAAUUUUUCUGACGGGUAUAUACAUAUUUAGUACGGAAAUAUGAAAAUGACACGACCUUACGAUUAGUCGACCUGAGACUGCCAUAAAUUUUGUCCAUAAAAUUGUGAAGGAAAGCCUUCCACAUGUUAUCAGACACAGAAGUGUUCCGUUUGUUCCGUAGCUGUGAAAAAUAUAGAGAUUUUGUGCAAGCAAUGAGCAACAGAAGCUAGCCGCCAUGCACCUGCCAAAACGACCCCAUGUGAAAACUUCAACGUUUAUUGGGAAAAGAUGGCUAUGAUCUUGUAGUUUAAAUUGCUUACGUCGUCCACUCACUUUCACCUUCAUUUUUGGAAUCGCUGCAAAAAUGGUUUUCAAAAGGAAACUCGUCACCUUUAACCCAUCCCCCGAAUCCUGGGCCGACAGACAGCCCAACCUUGAAAAGAAGACGGGCUUCUCGAAACCGACAAAUCAUGUCACCCGGUCAAUGUCUCAGGGGACGACCCUGAGGAUUGACAGUCCGCCUGAUAUCCACCUGUUUUACGAAAUCUAUGAAAAGAACAACCGUCCAAACAAGAUUUGGUACAAGUUGAUGGGGUCCACAGAACUUCCUGAUUUCACCGAAUACAAGGACGAUGUGACCAGUGUUGAAUUCAAUGGCUACAUUUUCAACAUCAAGACGGCGAUGGAGGUCACGAGAAGGCUGGUUAGUUGUAGCGAGGUCAUCUUCGUUUUGGGCGAGAAGGAACAGCGUAUUCUACCCGGUAACGUGGAGGAGGAGAAGGGUCUCGUGGAUACCAACCCAGCUCUCCAUGUGACCAGUUUGGAGAUCAAAUUUCCCAGUAGGGGGCCAGGGGACCCCAAAAACUUUGGGGCUUUUGUUCAAACUCAAAUUAAGGUAAUACUGCGUCAAGCAAUCUGCAAUUAUCCCAACUUGGAGAAGAUAACGUUGAACGUGCCUUACGAGGAGGAAAUUCAUCAACUUUUACGAAGAUAUCUGCACGAGUGGAAGAAUUUAAAGUACAAUUAUGACAUCCGGAUAAUGAAUGAGACCAUCCUCCUAGCCGAAAUUUCCGAAAAAAUUCCCUCACAACGGAAAAAGCAAACGAGUGUUCGACUCGAAAGCACUGUACUACAAGCUGCUCCAGUUUCCAGUGACGUUACAACUAUUGAUAAACAAAGGCCUGACAAGUCGAAUAAUUCGAUUGCGACGCGUGGGCCACAAUUUUGUCCGGUACCGAUUAUUAUCCCGCUUGAAAAAACGGCUACCGUAGUGCAAAAAUCAAUUCUGAAAAAAACAAAAAGUCAAGUUGAAUUGGACACGGAUGCGAUACAACAAUCCAGUGAAAACGAAAGUCAGUUCGAGGACGAUGAAGAAAUGGAUCUGGAGAAAACCAGUCAUUCUGCGCUAGUAAAAGCUGAUAACAUAAAAUCUCAUCCCCAUCGGCCACACCAUUACGUCGAUCGGAAGAGGAAGCACACAAGUCGUGAACAUCACGCGAGAAAACCGUACCGACAACGAGAAAAUCAAAAUUACUCCUCGUAUGAAAAUCAAGAUCAUCAUACAACAAAGAGGAGAUUUAAAGAUAGAAAUGCGGACGAUGACCCACAACAUUACAACAACAACAGAAAUUAUUCAUCAGUACCGCACGAUUAUGGUAACAAGUCCUCCUCGGGAGGACGUGGAUAUGAGACGUGCACAUCGUACCAACGUAUGAGUCGCAGGGAUCAGGAGAAAAGAAAUACGACCCCCCAUGCUGCCAUUGACCAGUGGAAUGACAGUGAUAACGAUCAGGAAGGAUAUCCUGCUUAUCACGAUGGGAAAAGGAGGAGAUAUUCAGAAGGAUCUGACGGACACGAGGACAGCACCAGUUAUAAUCACAACGAUGAUUAUAAUGAGGAUUACGAUGAGGAUGAGGAUGUGAGGAACGAUGACAUAAAGCCAGACAUCAAACUACUGCCUUGCAAUAACCCAGCAUGGACCAACAACAAAUGGCAAGAGUUUCUAUCGACCUUUUCCAGACGAGAUUCUUCUGACCCAAAAGUUGAAUUCAUUGCUGAAGAAAUCGUCAUUCCGGUGGAUGCCUUUGGCAAUCUAUUGUUUCACCAAGUGACCAGAAGGUCACUUUAUCCUGCUCAGGUAGAAGAGAAAAUGAAUAAAUUGAUAGAUUAGAUUGUAUUGAGUAGAUUAUAGAUCCUACUUUGAGAGAUGGAUGUUUGUAUUUUCUAGUCGUAUGUAACGGUGUUGAAUAUAUUAUAUAGAAGAAUGUAUAUCUUAGAUAUGAAGCGCAUUAUUUAAUAGCUACAUAUACAUAUUUGGUUAGUUUUUGUACGCUUUGUAUAACAUGUAAGAAUACAUUUUAAAACUUUAUGAGGUAUAAUGACAUGUUAAUAAAUUCUAAAACACACAUAAC